CUUGAUUCGUCUAGCCAAUAGAAACACGAAUACCUGGCAGCUGUUUGAUGACGUAUGUGAUCUGAAGCACAAAACCGCGUGAAAAUGCUCUUCUAUUCAUUCUUCAAGUCUUUGGUCGGCAAGGAUGUGGUGGUGGAGCUCAAGAAUGACUUGAGCAUAUGUGGAACAUUGCAUUCAGUCGAUCAGUAUCUGAACAUCAAACUGACAGAUAUCAGCGUCACUGAUCCAGAGAAAUAUCCUCACAUGUUGUCUGUGAAAAACUGCUUCAUCCGUGGCUCAGUGGUGCGGUACGUUCAGCUUCCUGCGGAUGAGGUGGAUACACAACUUCUUCAGGAUGCUGCACGCAAAGAAGCCAUGCAACAGAAGCAAUAAUAUGCUUUGAUUAGGAAUAGUUUCUGUUCCUGUAUGGACUGUUCACAAACAUCGUCUGUGAAGUGAUUUUCAUUUUCUUACAUAAAAAUAAUGUAAAGUUUUUAAGUUGAUAGAUUUGAUUUUUUUGUCAUAGUUCUAAUAAAGAGGGUGUUUUUGUCCCCAGUUAGAGAUUUUGUCCUCAUAUUUUUUUAAUUGUAUGGAAGCAUCUUGGGCUCCACCUAAAUGACAUGGUUGUGUUUUAUUGCCGUUUAAAUUCUUCAGUUGUACUGUAACACCAGAAUAAAGUGUUUUCUGUUGUCCCCUGUUUGAUGUCAAAAGUUCAGUGUAUACUUAAGUUAAUUUUCUAAUAAAAUGUACACAAACUAUUUGUUGUAUAUUUUAAAAUAAUUUAUCUAGUAAGGAAAUGGCAUAUGUGAUGCAUGUGGUUUUGUUUUUGAAAUUCGUUUUCUAUAUCAUGAUCAUUACCAGACUUUGUCCAGAAUAUCAAUAAGUUUACAUUGCAUGAAGCACUAGUAGAGAGUGAGUUUAGCUACAUAAACGUGUCUAAAUUUAUCAAAUUGAUUAAAAGGUUCACGUAAAAAUCUACAUUUUGACCCUUAAAUUCUGGCUAUUUUAACGGCUCAUCGCUGCUAAGGUAUUAAGCACUUUGCUGCAUGCCUAACAAUUUACCAAUUAUCCCAUCAAAUACCUUGUUCGUUUAUGUUGAUUUUGCUAACUCAAGGGCAAACCAUACAAUUGAGAUAAUUUGCUAUUGUUUGUAGCUUAAUUUCAUUGCUGUUUUUACUGGCACAUUCGCAUGAUAGUUUUAGUUGACUGUGACAAAGUUUUAUUGAAAUGGUAGGUGUAAUUUUUAAUACUGGCAUUUCAGUACUCGUAUUUAUGGAUGUGUUUAAAAACUUUUACGGAACCGACAGGCGGAUGACGUCAAAGUUCAGCGAGAGAAAUUUGAAAGCAGACUCCUCCGUAUGAUUUCGCGAAUCGCUCUCGCGGUACUUUGACGUCAUAUGGCUGUCGAUUCUUGCGGCGCCGCAUGAAGUCGAACAAGCUUGAAUUCAGUGCUGCUUGUGAUUUCACGUGUUCCGGUAGCAAUUUUCCUAUUAACCAAUCAGACUGUAGAAUUAGCUUCAAGGUUAAUGUUAGGAUUAGUCAUAAGGCUGGUUGAAUGCAUGGAUGAAAGCAUUGAGGCAUACUCACCGCAGCAUCAGAACAAAAUGGAAGGUCACAGUCUAGCUCUGAACUCCCUACUCCGUGAGCUGUUAGAUGAAAAGAUUUCAACCCACAAGAAAACUCACUGGAUACUUGGUCCUGAAGACCUCAAUGAUACUCUACCCUAUGAUAUUAAUUUGGAAGAAGCCGCAUGAGUUGUGCUUGUGCUUCCACGUGCAUGGCUGCUGGUGGACUUGUAGUGCUUUAUUUUAACUUUUCAUGUUAUAAAUAAAAUCAAAAAUAUUUA